AGCCGGCCUGAUGUUUCACACGCCAGGCAGCAGCGUUUGCACCUGAUAGCGAUACCAGGUUUCCAAGAAUACAAGUCUUCUUCGUACACUACAUCCACUUGAAGCCAGCAGCUCGCACAUUUGGCCAACUCUAACAGUAUGGCGAGCCUUGAGAGUCGCCCUCUUGGGCAGCAGGCUCUUCGUGGCUUUGGUAUAUUUCAAGCCAUUGUUUCCAUACCCACAAUGGUCAUCUUGGGCUUCUUUGCAUGGGAACAGAUGAUGUUUCCCUAUGAAGAGAACUACUACUACUUCUUUGCAUCUUCCAUAACGGCACUCAUGUCCGCCGGCAUCGUGUUCAUCGUGUACGUUCAGCGCAAGGCGAUUGCAACGCCGUUUCAGGCGUUCAUAUUCGAGAUCGCGAAAUCGGUCUUUGCAACAGGACUAUGGCUUUGGCUUAUCUUGGACUCCGCAUUUGGCCCACAUCGAGGUUACUAUACAGAACCGGAACUUGUUAGGAGACGGGUCCAGCGUGAUGCGCUCGCCAGCCUAUUGUUGUUUGUCUUCUUCUAUCCGCCGCUUGGGUACGCGUAUGUUGUUUGGAGGACGAAGAAUAGCCAUGGAGACGUUGAGCGCGUAGACGACGAUGGUGAGGAGGGUGUAGAACGAGCGGAGAGAUCACCGCUGCUAUCGCGAAACAGCGGAAGGGUCCUGGGUUAGCGCUGUGGUAUUAGGUACAUAUCUUGAACGCUCCACUGAACAGACUGUGAGGGCUAGAUGUCAGAUUUGGAGAGGCAAUGCACCCUGAUCGCUGGUCAGGCCAGUCCUUGCAAGGCCCUGUGUGCGCGACCAAAUAGCGCGAAGCAGAAGUAGUUCUUUUCUUGAAUAUGUGACAGAUGCCAUUCAAAUACUGAGUCUUCCAUGUGACUACUCACUGC